AAGGGAAGGCAACGCGUUGAGAUAAUAUAUACACAAAAAGCUCCUCUGUUUUUCUGUUUAUUCCUCGAGUUUGUUUUGCUUCGCCGAUCGCACGAGCGAGUGCAACUUCGGGGGAGAGAGAGAGAGGAGAAGAUGGUAUCAGCGGCGGAGGCGGCGCUGCUGCGCGCGAAGGCGAGCCAGCUGCGGGAGGCGAUGCGGAGGAGCGAGGCCGUGCGUGAGGAGUCGGCGGCGGCCGUCGCCUCCGUCGGGGGCCGCAUGGCCGCCGUCGACGACGCCGUGCGCCCCGCCCAGGCGAGGACGUCGAGCGCGUCCAAGGUGCACGACAACGUCGCCAGGAGCCUCCAGGCCGUCCAGGACCUCGUGCGCCAGUUCGACCUCGUCCGCGAGGCAGAGUCCGUUAUAUUGGACGGUCCGAGCAAAGGUAUCAGCGCCUACCUCGAGGCGGUCGACAAGCUGAGAGGCGCCGAGGACUUCUUCACUUCAAAGAUAAACUGCAAAGCCGGCGAUGACGUGCUCAGACGUGUCGACGAGCUGCUCCCUAAAGCGGCUGCUGAGCUGGAGACCGAGUUCAGUAGGCUGCUAUCCAAAUGCAGCAAACCUGUAGAGCUCGAGCUUCUGCUCAACUGUCUUCCGAGUCGUUCAUCGUCCAAAGAUUCUGCUGAAGGUCGGCUGAACGCGGGGGCAGCGUGCUCUCUUCCUACACUUGUUGAGCCCCGUUACAUGCCUUUGCUCUCGAAGUUGGUUCAGAAAUCAGUUGAACUUGGUCACCAUAAACAGUUCCUGAGAAUAUACAGAGAUAUCCGUAGUUCAACUUUGGAACUUACCCUUAAGCAGUUGGGAGUGGAAUAUGUUAAGGCAGAAGAAGUACAUAAUGUGCAGAUUGAGAGCCUGAAUGCUAAAAUUGCUCAGUGGGUCCAGUGUUUGCAAAUUGCGGUAAAAUUGCUUUUUGCUAGUGAACGCAUACUGUGUGAUAAAGUCUUCAAAGGAAAUCAUGGAUCGAAAGACCACUGCUUUGCUGCAGUAACGUCCAAAAGUCUCUUGACUCUACUCAGCUUUGGAGAAGCUAUUGCUAAAUCCAAAUCAUCACCAGAGAAAGUAUUUUCGCUGCUAGAUAUGUUUGAGGCGACAUUGGAAAUUCAGUCCGAGGUUGAGGCAGUCUUUGCGGGUGAUGAAUGCUCUGAAAACCGGAAAUCUGCAAUUAGUUUGGUCAAAUGUUUAGCAGAAGCAACAAAAAAGACUCUUGGUGACUUCAAAGACAACAUUGCGAAGGAGGGGCCUAAGAGUACGACUACUGACGGGGAUGUGCAUCCUGUUACCAGCUAUGUUGGAAACUAUAUCAAGUUUCUUUUUGACUAUCAGUCAUCUCUGAAGCUGAUCUUUCAAGAAUCGAGCAAUGGAGACGGAACAAAUUCUGGGCUGGUCUCUGAAUUCACUGGUGUUGUGCAUGCUCUAGAGACCAAUUUAGAUGUAAAAGCAAAGCAAUACAAAGAUCUUGCUCUGGGAAAUCUGUUCUUAAUGAAUAACAUCAGCUAUAUUGUCAGGUCUAUCUGCAGUUCAAAAGUCAAGGAUUUAUUUGAUGAUGAUUGGGUUCAAAGACGCCGAAGGAUCGUGCAGCAACAUGCUACUCAGUACAAGAGAGUGGCAUGGGCGAAGGUAUUGGAGUGUCUCUCAUCUCAAGGUCUAACUUCAUCAGUAGGUUCUGCUAUAGAAGGUACUCUAGGAAGUAUUGGAUCCUAUAGCGGCACAACUUCCACAUCUGCUAUCAAGGCAAGAUUCAGGUCUUUCAACAAGCAAUUUGAAGAGGUCUGUCAAACGCAGAUAAACUGGGCUGUUCCUGAUAAGGAAUUACGCGAUAAUCUUAUCCUCACGGUUGCCGAAAUUCUGUCACCGGCUUAUAGAUCUUUCCUGAAGCGCUUUGGGCCUCUUGUUGAGAACAGCCAUAACGCUUCAAAAUAUAUGAAGUACACUCCAGAAGCACUUGAGCAAGAACUUGGUAAUCUGUUUGCAAAGAAGUCACUACACAAGUGAACAGAGACACUGAUUCCACCAUGCAUUCUAAUUUAACAGUAAGUUAGAAGCUAUUUCUGUAGUUGCAUCUGCGCUACAUUUAGAUUAAGUUGAUGACGCUGAGUCACUGAUGUUGAUGAUCACAUUAUUAUAUGUCUUCUAACUGGAAUAUUUAUUCCUCUUCGCUCCAAGUUUUGCACAAAUGGACAAAUUUCAGCUAAGCUUUACCUUUUUUAGCAAGUGUAUGGCUUCAAUAAAUCUGACAUUCUCCUUA